AUGCAGCCUAUCAGGUACAUACCUACCUAUAUCCAACCUGCGCCUGGAGCCCCGGCCACGGGAAGCUCCCUUCACAGCCAUGGCCAUUGGAUGCCCGAGAACGUCGAGCUCCGUCGAGCCUGGCUUGCAAGCUUACUCGACAAGACGAAAGCAGAAAUCCCUAAAAAGCUGCGCAAUGAGGAGAACCCCGUUGAGACGUUCCGAAAGCUGAUCGAGGACAACUCAACCCUUUACAUGCUGGCCAGUUCCAUGUUCGAGGAAAUCCCCGAAAAGGCUCCGUACGAUAGGGACCCGACCACUCUGAGGAAGCAAGUCCGGAACUACAAGACCAUGCUAUACCUCUUCAAUACACUUCUUACCGAGGUCCCAGAAUACUUCUUAAGAGACAAUCCGAACGUACCCAGCGGUCUCAUUGGAUUUCCAUUCAACAUUAUCGUUGACUGGCCCAUGGGGACGCCAAGCGGCCGCCAAUUCUUCUUGGAUGAGAGAGUGAACAUAUGUCUUAAGAAGAUUCUCAACAAAUGGAAUGCCUUCCUGAAAGACCCGACAGCGGGGGGCAGGGGUGACAAGGGUGGCAACCAGGCUCUCAUCAAUGCUGGAUGGAGCUCCGACGAGGCGAUCCGGCAGCUGCAAGACAAAGCCAAUGAGUCUACCCCCAAUGAGACGCCAAAGACGUUCGACAAACUAUUCCAAUAUCCCGCUGGAGGCACCCAGGCGACGUUCUACAACUAUGCCUGCUGGGAUGACUUCUUUACUCGCAAGUUCAAGGAAAGUGUCCGUCCCGUAGCGAAGGCGGCCGUCGUCAAUGCUUGUGAAUCAUUCCCUCUGUCAUUCGACACGGAUGUCUCGCGCCGCAACACUUUCUGGCUCAAGGGCACACCAUACUCGCUCCAUGACAUGCUCGGAGCUACACAGAAUGCCAAUGUUUCGUCCUACGUUGACAGCUUCGUCGGCGGCUCGGUGUAUCAGGCUUUCUUGAGUGCCGAUUCUUACCACUGCUGGAAUGCCCCGGUUACCGGUGAGGUCAAAUAUCGCAGCUUGAUCGAUGGAACUUACUUCGCCGAAACAGCUGCGGCAGGAUUCGGAGGGUCGAGCGGUCCUGACCCUGCUGGCCCAGAUGUAUCCCAGCGGUAUAUUACUCACAUAGCUGCCCGCGGUGUCCUCAUCGUCGACACCAACGUCCCGGGCGGCGCAAACAUUGGGCUGGUUGGAUUUGUACCCGUUGGGAUGUCCGAGGUAUCAACCUGUGACUGGUACCCGGGUACGGAAGUAGGCAAGACUAUCACUCAGGGAGAUGUCAUUGGGGCUUUCCAUAGUGGUGGAUCCACACACUGCCUUAUCUUCCAGCGUGACGCUGUGAAGAAGUUGGAAUUCAUCCCUAAAGCCCAGUACCCUGAGAUUGCCACGACCAACCUGGCUGUCAAUAGUGAGUUGGCUAAGCUCACCUCUUGA